AUGAAUAGUUUAAUGACAAUCGUUAUAGUGGUUAUUGCUCAGUUAGUUUUUAAUAAGGAAUUGUUAGGCUACAGUUUUAUUUAUAAUAACAGUAGGUUUUUAAAUCGUAUUAAAUAUGGAAAUAAUAGAAUAGAGAAAACAAUAUUACCAUAUAAAAUAAGAUAUAAACCAAUUUUAAUGUUAAAUAAAAUAUCAGAAAUAGAAGAAAAAAACAAAAUAAGAGAUGAUGUAACAAAUGCUUGUAAUAGUACCAAUAGUAAUGUCAGUGAAAUUAACAAUAAUAAUAAAGACAAUGAACAAAAUAAUUCCAAUCUUGUAUAUGAUAAUAUGGAUUUAUUUGUUGAUGAUGGCCUUCAAUUAAAACAAUGGUAUUCAGGAGAUAAAAUAAGAAAAAAAUGGGAAGAAAAACAUAUAGAAAAUGUUAAAAGUAAUUAUGAAAAAGUUUUAUUAAAUAAUAAAUAUAAUGAACUGUUUAAUAUGUAUAGAAAUAUUAAAAAAAAUAAUGUAGAAAACCAUAAAAAAAGAGUUAAAACAAAUAGAAUAAAUCCAGUUAUAUAUAUUAAAAAAAGAUUAGUAUCCGCUACAGCUAAAUAUUUAAGAAUGUCUUUUAUUAAAACUAGAAAAAUAUUAUGGAAAAUUAGAUAUAUGCCUAUAAUUAAAGCUUUUGCAUUUCUUUAUUAUUAUGGAAGUAAUAAAUAUACAGUAAGCAUAUAUAAAUGUAUCAAAUCAUGCCUUCAUAAUGCUAUUUGCAAAUAUGGAAAAAAUAAUAUUAAACCAGUAUUUCAUAUUCUUCAAGCUAAUAUGGGAGGAUAUACUAAAAAAAUUAACAUUAGAGCAAAAGGGAAAACUGAUAUUAUUCGAGAACCUCAUACACACAUUCGUGUUGUUCUGGAGGUAUAA